AUGCACUUAGAAAUACAUCCAUAGAAUAGUAAACAUCGUUAAAAUUAAGCUGUUUUACAAAGUAAAAGAGAGACUUCUUCUAAAUUAUUUUAACAUUAAUCUCCUAUAAUUCCUAUUUGUUUAAAGUAGAGUACUAAUAGAGAAAAUGAAGUUCCUUAAGAAUUUGAUGGAGAGAAAAGCAUUUAUAAAAGUUUUAUAGAUGAAUAUUACAGUGUAAGAUCUAAUUUUCCUAACUCUCCUUCAGUGAAAUUUCAAAAGAAAAAAAUAUUUGAUGAUAUUUAUAUUCCAUCUUAAAAGACAAGCUAAAUUAAAACAAAUUAAAUCUUAAAUGAGAAAACUUAAACAAAUAAUUAAGAGAUUUAUCAUACUUAUUAAUAAUUAUCAUAAAGAGAUGCUACUUUAAUUUAAUAACAUCCUUAUUUUGAAAAUUAAAUCAAAUCACUUUAAAUAGAUUCAUAGUAAUAAUUUAAAUUAGAAUGUUUAAAAGAUUCAAAUAAGGAAAAUUAAAUAGUUUUUAAAAAUAAAUAAAUUCUUAUAACACUUAAAAGAAUAAGUUUAAUAAAGAACAUAUUAAAUUGUGAAUUGACUUUUUAAAACAUAGGUAAUAUUCCAAUAUCUGUGUUAGAUGUACUUUAUUCAAAUGAUCAAAGUAAUUUAUUUAUGUAAUUAUUCUAUAGCAUUAAGAUUAUCGAAAGAAAAUGAUUGUAUAAAAUCUUUAACUCCAGGUUAUGGAUAAAUGAGUACUAUUACAAUUGAGAUUGUAAAUGUUCCUUUUACAAUAGUAAAUGUAUCUCUAGAGUAUAAUAAUCAAUUCUUUAAAACUUAUUUACCAAUUACUAUAUUGAAUUUUAUUUAGGAUUAUCAAACUACUCAAUCUCGUUGUGUUAAUAAUCAUAACCAUUAUAAUAAACUAAUUAUAAAUAAAAAGAAUUGGAAUAUUGAGAGUAGAAUAAUAAUUGGUAAUAUAUUAAAUUCAGAAGUUGAAAUAAGAGUUGAAAAUUAGAAUAAUUAAUUAGUAUUGUAUUGCCAAAGUGACUUAGAACAAUUAAAUUGGUAAAUUCUAAAUACACUUUAUGUUUUAUUUGACUUAUGA